CGGCAACCAAUCAAGCCAGAGGCAAUGGGUAGAAAAGAGCAGACGUUCUGUGCUCUCCAACCAGGACCAAGUUAACUACACUGGCUUACAACAGUUGCUCUAUUAUCCAUUUCUACAUUUUGACUGAGAAGAAGAUGAGGGUCAUCAAUAUCGGUCUUCUGCUGGUUUGUGCAGCCUUUGCUCAGUCCUUCAAGUCUCAAGGUGGGGUGAGUCUGAGAGAGGAGGAGGACAUGUGGGGGAACUACCUAAUGGACAGAGAUGACAACCAUGCCGAGAUCAAAGCUGUCCUUCCAGGUACCUGCUUUGCGUGUAAGCGCAUCAUCAACAAGGUCAAGACCAAGCUGAAUGGUGAUAAGAGCAAGGAUAACAUCACUGCUAUACUGGACUCUAUUUGUCGCAGCUUGUUGAAGCUGAAAGGUGUCUGCAACAAACUGGUCAAUAAAUACAAAGAACAACUGAUUGAUGCACUUGCCAGUGAUGUGGAUGCAGGGAAUACCUGUAAAAAAUUGAAGCUAUGCAAAUGAGAUACCAUUUACCCAUGACUGCCCUGGGCACAGGUCUGAGCAUACAUGUUCUGUCUGUUUUUUUUCAGAUGAACACGCUGUCAUAGCUUAGCUUUACAUUAUUUUCAUACACAACUGUCUGGAUGGAAUGGCAGUCUUUAAAGUCACUUGCAUUGCUACUGCAAUUUCAUUGAAUUAAAUACUGAAACUUA